GGGAAGGGAUGCGAUAUAGGAGGAGAUCGGGGAGUGAAGCAGGUAGUGUAUAUGGUAAGAUAACACUAGCGAAGGGAAUUAUUGGGGAUUAGCAAGAUAGGAAAUAGUAGACACUCCCUACCAAACUUGCUAAAGUUGCUCAUGUUAAUACUAGUUUGAUAGAUAAGGAUGAGGGCAGUACCGAGAUAGACUCAAUGUCCAAUGGUGAUACACGGAGCAGGGGGCAAAGAGGGAGGAGGAAGCGUGGAAGCGUAUCGGUCCAUCUGUGACCAUCACGGAUAAUGGCGUGGAGCAAGUGAAUGUGAGUUAUGACCCGCGUGUGUUGGCGGCGCAGGCGGGCGGGCGGCGGUGUUGGACAUGCGGGAGAGAGGGAGAAGGGACUUGGCGGUGUGUGCGCGCGUGUGUGUUUGUGUGUGUGUGUCUGUGUGCAGUGAGAGGGAGGGAGAGUGCCGGGCGCCAGUCGUGGUUCUCGCCGUCGGCUGAGCGGUGCUGUUGCUGCUCUCAACGCCCAGAGCUUACCAUGCGGCUCUCGCCCUGCACCCCGCUCCGCCGCCUGUCCCGCUGACCCACUCUCUGGUGGUCGCUCUUCAGGUGUGUCGCCACCCCCGCGCACUCCUGCAGAGGCAAUUGGGGGAAAUUUAUUGAAAUAAACGACACUUCAAUAAGUCCAUGAAUACCAGUCUGUGGAGGUGUGAAGUUGAAGCCAUUUGAAGUCCACAAACUUGUGUUGGAGGGGAGGGUCUGGGGAGUAGAUCGCGGCCGGACGUCGCUCUUGCCCCUGUGGCUUUGCUCCUACCUGGGGGAGUGGCUGUGCUUCUCCCUAUCCCCUUUUUCUGUCGAGGCAUAAACCGUCUGUCAAGGUGGUGAAAUAAACGCUUCUGGCGCACUUGGCGUUGGCACGGAGGGAGAACAGCGUCCAUGUGAUCUGGGGAAAGCUUUGCAAAGUUUUGUGUGAAACUUGGUGUAUUUGGGAGCGAUUUGUGGUGACAGAUUCCGUGUACUUUAUCCUCAUUUGGUGAGUCUCCGACUGAGGGUGCGGCGUGGCGACCUGGAAGCUGUAGCUGAGGACAGCUUUCGUGCUCACUGUGCAAACGGUCAGGAGGACGAGGGUAUUGAGUCAGUGACCCGCCCGGCCUUUCUCCACCUCACUGACUUUACUUGGCCGGCCACACCCCGUCUUGCUGGAGGAAGGGAAAGAUAAAAUAUAUGUGCCCCAAAGUGUGUCUGUUGCCAACGGUGAAUUUGUGGCAAGUGUGACAAAGCGAACGAGAUAAGAGCGGAAACACCCUGACGGUUCCUCGCCCGGCCAGGUGGUGGUGUUGCAAGGCCAUCCGCCGGCCUUGACCCUUCACGCCAAGACCAGACCACCAGGCACGUCACUGAGUUAUCGUAGGAGCUGGGAGAGAGAGACAGAGAGAAAAAGAGAGAGAAAGAGGCAGAGAGACGGCCCGGGACGAGUCUAGGAGCACGUCUCGAGGUUACUGGUCUUCUUCUCUUCAGGUGUUCUGAUGUGAGGGAGAGAAGAGGAGGCCGAGUGGAAGAUGUGAUCCCCGUCAGGAAGCACCUUUUGGACGGGAGGUGUUGAGGUGUUUGUCUCUAGGGAUGCCGAGGCUGUGGCGCAAGCGAGGACGGUAGACGCGUCCUUCCUACUCCUCUAAAAACGACCACUGAAAGAAAACUUGGAGAUGUGUGGAGUUUCCUGAAGGUGGGACGUGCGUGUGUGUGCGUGUGAGUGUGCACAGGUCAGCGCCUUGUGAGGAAAGGAAGCACAGGUCAUCGGCAAGUGUGUUAUCGAUCGGAGAACACCUAGUGGCGGCGGCGGCGGCGGUGGUGGAGAAGGAGGAGGAGGAGGAGGUGGCGGCGGUGGUGGUGUCGUCGUUGAUGGUUAGGUGUGGUGAUGGAGAUGUCUACUGCUUGGUGGUGACAUGGGACUUGGUGGGGGAGAGCACCAGCCUGGUUAACAGCGGCGCGCGACGGUGCGGCGGGCGAUCAUGCUGGCCACCACGAGGUCCACAGCGCCCCUUCACUCGCUGCUCAACACUUCCCUCCCCGCCAGCCUCGUCCUGCAGCCGUCCGAGGCCGCCCACAUCCUUGCUUUGGACGCCUACGAGCCAAUGGUAGGGAGUGGAUCAACGCUGGAGACGGUGGAGGCGGUGAACCUGACGGUGGGCGAGGCGAGCGACGUGACAGCCGCCGAGAAGGAGGAGGCGCCUGUGCUAGUGAGUCGAGUGCUGCUAGUGCUGGUGCUGUUACUCAUCAUCAUCGGGACCGUCAUUGGCAAUUUACUAGUCUGCGUCGCCGUCUGCCUCGUCAGAAAACUGAGGAGACCUUACAACUACCUGUUGGUGAGCCUCGCGGUGUCGGACCUGUGCGUGGCCUUGCUGGUGAUGCCCAUGGCACUCCUGCUGGAGCUGCUGGGUGAGUGGCAGUUCGGCAGGCUGGCGUGUGACGUGUGGGUGUCGUUCGAUGUGUUGUCAUGCACGGCCAGCAUCCUCAACCUGUGCAUGAUCAGCGUGGACCGCUACCUGGCCAUCACCAAGCCCCUCGAAUACGGCGUGAAGCGCACACCGCGGCGAAUGGUGGCGUACAUCGCCUUUGUGUGGUUAGGCGCCGCCUUCAUCAGUUUGCCACCCAUCCUGAUACUAGGCAACGAGCAUGGCGACGGCUCCAUCUGCGCGGUGUGCAACAACUUCUGGUACCAGAUCUACGCCACCUUCGGCUCCUUUUACAUCCCGCUCACAGUCAUGGUCAUCGUGUACUACAAGAUCUUCUGCGCCGCCAAGAGGAUUGUCAACGAGGAGCGUAAGGCACAGGCCCACCUGCGGCUGGUGGAGGAAGCUGAGGCCGACGCUCGUGCAGCCUCCGCAGGGUUGGGCUCCUACACACAGCUGCGACCUGUGUCCAAGUACAGCGUGGUGGAGGUGAACAAUGGCGGGGUGGAGACCAAGCUGGCGGCUGAACCUCCAACACUCACCAACAGGGACGAGACGGGCAGCCUCUUGGGGCCGGACAGUCCUCACCACCUCGAGGUACCCACUCGCCUCAUGGCCUGCGGGUCGUCCCUCUCCUCCGCCGCUUCCGUCGGGUCUUCAAGCGGGUCCCGUUGGUCGCUGUGUGAGACCAACGGCAAGCCACACCCGCCGCCUGCAGCCCGCACUUCUAACCAACAGUCACAGCAGCAGACGCAGCAGCAGGCGCCACACGCCCACCACAACUUCUACAAUGCCUGCCAGUCCUCCAAUAACGGAUCUGGCGGCGGCGACCAUUCAGGCUCCCCGCGCAAGCGAUCGCAGCCCACUAAGAGCAGGUUGAAGUUUGCCCUCGCCAAGGAGAGGAAAGCGUCCACUACCCUGGGCAUCAUCAUGAGCGCCUUCAUCGUGUGCUGGUUGCCUUUCUUCGUUCUGGCGUUGGUGCGGCCCUUCAACACCCCCUCGCCCAUCCCCCCCUGGGUGUCCUCGCUCUUCUUGUGGCUGGGAUACGCUAACUCGCUCCUCAACCCCAUCAUCUACGCCACUCUCAACAAGGACUUCAGAAAACCCUUCCAGGAGAUUCUGUGCCUGCGCUGCGCCUCCCUCAACCUGCUGAUGCGGGAGGAGUUCUACCACUCGCAGUAUGGAGGCCCUGACACACCCACGCUCUCCGCUAUCAGGACGCAGCCAGUGCACCAAACCAACUCCUCGGAGGUGCAGCUCAACCUGACCGAGCCCAACAUCUGCAUCACGGAGGAGGAGGCGCAUGAAUCUCGCAUCUGAGGACUGGAAGAGGAAGGGUUACUUACUUAAGAGAAAUACACACUCCUCUCUCUCUUCCCUCUCUUUGGAUUAAUGUCGUGUGUGUUGCUCCAGCUCAACUCACCUCCCGGUCUUACUGCUGCUGCUGCUACUACUACUAAUGCUCCCGCGCCUGCUCCUGCUCCUGCUCUUGCUGCUGCUGUUGCUGCUGCUGUGGGUUGUGUCACGGUUAUUGCUGCUGUAACUGCGGUGGUUAGUGUAGUCGUGAUGGUCGCCACACUGCUGCAAUCGCCAUGUGUCAAGUCGUACCGUGCGCUGAGAUGGCUAGGCAAACUGUAGUGAACUGAUUGGUGACCUGCUCGUGUGUGUGUGUGUGUGUGUGUGUGUGUGUGUGUGUGUGUGUGUGUGUGUGUGUGUGUGUGUGUGUGUGUGUGUGUGUGUGUGUGUGUGUGUGUGUGUGUGUGUGUGUGUGUGUGUGUGUGUGUCAGACAAACAGACAGAUAAUAACUUUCCAUCAGAGAAGUUAGCGUAUGUAAUAAUCUAGUAACAUCAGGAAAUGAGCCAAUUAUAGUUAUAAUGAUAAUAAUAAUGAUAAUGAUAUAAUAAUGAUAAUGAUAAUAAUAAUAAUAAUAAUAAUAAUAAUAAUAAUAAUGAUAACAAUAGUAAUAAUAAUAAUAAUGAUAAUAGUAAUGAUAGUAAUAAUAAUAACAAUAAUAAUAAUAAUAAUAAUAAUAAUAAUAAUAAUAAUAAUAAUAAUAAAAGCAUGUCAUGACAGCUUCGCCCAUACAAACCUGGCAACUACCAGAUCAACAGCAGCAGCAGCAGCAGCAACAACAACAUCAGCAAUAGCAGCAAUAGUUGUAGCAAAAAAUCGAAGUAGAAUUCGAAAAAAAGAAUAAAAAGAAGAAAUACAGAAACCCAAGCAGGAAACUGAAAACCACAAUGAAGAAAAUAGAAAAAACAAUUGAAAUAAACAGAAAUGCAAUACCUAAGAUAACAUUGAAAGCAACAGGAGGAAGAGGAGGAGGAGAAGGAAGAAAGAAAACGAGGAGAAGGAGCAAGAAGAAAGAAAACGAGAAAUAGGAGGAGGAGGAGAAGGAGCUUACUGGGGCCACGCACUUUUCUGAUGUCACGGGUCUCAUGCGGUGCUCGAGAGAGUGGGACGUGGCCGCAGGAGAAGUUGGAGGAGGAGGAAAAGGAGGAGGAGGAGGAGGAGCACGCGCCCACUCUCACCCACGCAGCCUCAGUGUUAUUAUGUUCAGUGUAUCCAACAGUAUUAGAAGAUUCGAGGUGCUUCACAUCCUAUUACGUAUAUUACCACAGUUACGUAUUCUGCAUGUGUGUGUGUGUGUGUGUGUGUGUGUGUGUGUGUGUGUGUGUGUGUGUGUGUGUUUCAGUAUUCCUCGUCUAGGUGUUGUUUCCAUAAGUGUUUUCACAAUGGCCGUGCGUCUGCAACACCAUCACACUCCCACCUCGCCUCUCAGUGUGUCGUGUUGUGCGUAACUGUGGACGAAAACGAGGACGAGAUCGAGGACGGGCGACUACAUAUGUAUAGUGAAAGCCUCCACCCACCACCGCUGACGAGUCUACACACGAGUCUACACGCACGCAUAACGUCGCUGAGGAGGAGGAAAAAAAAAAUAAUGUAACGUGUUUGUGUGUAAGUGUUAACUAAGACUAUAACAUGGAUUCUCUUAUAGACACACACCAGUUCUCCCCGCACCCAUCACGCCACCUCGACCACACCACCUCCAUCCACCACGCCACCUCUCCAAAGUGCUCCUCCUCACCGCCACAAUGUCAACAAAACCAAAAAUUCUAGACCAAAAGUGAGUUCGUUCGCUCGUUCGUUCGGUCGUAUGUGUGUAUAUACGUCCGUGUGUGUGUGUGUGUGUGUGUGUGUGUGUGUGUGUGUGUGUGUGUGUGUAGGUGUUUGGUAUUUACAGUGAAAAUAAAGCAAAGAAGGAAAUUGAGCGUAAAAUACAUUAACCCAAAGCGAAACUAUGGAAAGGAAUGCGAUUGGAAUUUGAAAGAAAAUGUGAUUAAAUUUAUAUGGAAUAGAAAAGAAACGACCUGUCAGUGUACUAGACUCUUCAUUAACAGAUAAACGCACACAUGGACGUUAGAGCAACAGGAGUGAGUGUGUACACGCACAAGGGAUUGAAACAGUAUUACAUUAUUCAAGAGACUGGAAAAAAAAAUCAGGAAAACUGGAUUUUUUUUUCAAGUAUGUGAUAAUUCAAGGCAUUGUGGGUAGCUCUCUCUCUCUCCGUUUUCUCUGACGGAGGGAACGUAAAGCUGCAGGAAUGAACCUCUCGAAGCCUCGGUGCUGGGAUCCGGGACCUUGAAAUGGAACGAGCAGGUGGAUUGAAGCAGUUUACUUGACUCACUUGAAUGGAGGAAAGAAAAAGAGAAAAAAAUGAGAGGGUGUGAGAAAGGAAAAGAAAGUAUGAAACAAAAAGAUGGAAGUUGAAAUACGAUGAGAGGUCUUUAUUGAAGCAAAGACAGUGUUGUUCCCUAUGGUGCUAUCAAAAUAUACUUACGUCCCUGUAAGGAAAAAAUGAGAGUGAAAAGUUAACUGGAAAGUGUCCACUAAAAUAUUAAGAAAAAUAAAAUUAAUUUGAAAAAAAAAAAUCGAGGAUGUGAAAUAGUGACAAUGAAAAGUGAAUUAUAUUUUUCAUUGUUUUUCUCAUGAUCUGUUAGUUAAAUGAUUCUCAGUGGAAAAGCAAACAAACAUGUAAAUAUAAUUGUACAGUUAUACGAUUCGGUUAAGAAUGAACAUUUAAAUUAUAAUUUGAGAAAUUUAUAGAUAUAUACGAAAAGCUCUAAGCCUCGUGUGUGUGUGUGUGUGUGUGUGUGUGUGUGUGUGUGUGUGUGUGUGUGUGUGUGUGUGUGUGUGUGUGUACAUACAGUAGCUCCAGUGUUCCUGAAGUAGUUGUAGUAGCGACGAGAAGAAAAUAUUUUGUCUGUAGUGUUGGUUUCUUUGUCUAAGGCUCUACCUGGGUACAACUGUGAUUAGUGGAGGUGUUAGAGAGAGAGAGAGAGAGAGAGAGAGAGAGAGAGAGAGAGAGAGAGAGAGAGAGAGAGAGAGAGAGAGAGAGAGAGAGAGAGAGAGAGAGAGAGAGAGAGAGUGUCACACCAUCACCCCAUGACCCCAUCAGUCCAUCAUGAGCUCAUCUCAGCCCAGGCAGCAAGGCGGUACACGCUGCUCACAUGUAUGCUUUAAGUGUCCCACAAGUUUACCCUUGGAUGCUUGACGUAACCCGCGACAGGGAAGCAACACCGCCGCUGCUGGUUAAUUAAACGCUCGUGGCUGGCAAUCUGCGAGGUAGAUGUGAUGGGGGAUUGGAUCUGGGGUGUGUUGGUGGUAGGUAUCUGAGUUAACGAUGAGUCAACAUUCACUCCUUGUCAUUGUGUUUCGUCUUGCACCGCCAUAUUUGGAAAUGAAGACUAACUGAGGCGCGAGUGUAUGUUAAUUUAUCUCAUGGCGUCUGGCUGUCUGAGCAAUAUAUGAAGUAAUGAAUGAUUUUGUCACUUUUUGGGAGAAUUGACUGUUAAUUUUCCACUUUUUUCCUUUUCUUCUUUUUUCCCCAUUUUCUGUUUUCAACUCGCAUAGCAAACCAAAAAGAUAAAGUGAUAUGAGCGAAGGCAGCAAGGGAGUCAGAACAGAGAAUAUGUAGCAGCAGGCGGGGUGAGGGAGGAAAGCCAGGCUAAGCAAUAACAGGUUCCAGUGGUUCACGCUAUGACCUCGAGGGAAUGGCUUUGCGCAAGUGUUCACAGUUGCCACCGGGUCACCUCUCCGCUGUCUAGUCUGGUACGAAUAGCUAUCGUCCACUGCUACUAGUUUCUGUAUUGUAAACGAGAUAUAACCAGCAUUGUCGCUGGUCUGGCGUGAAACUUGUCAGGGCGGGAAAAUUCCGUUUCUGUAAUUAGAGUUACAGUAAAGUGUAAUGAUGAUGAAGCAAUUCCUCAGCAGUGUGUAGUAGUCUCGCAUAACGUCUUCAAAGAUUUCGUCACUGCAAUUAUUCACGUGCUAACUUAAAGACGAUAGAGUACAUCUGUACGCCUACUAUGCUGAGGGUGUCGUUGGCGUGCACUAGACUAAAGACUACACGUAGAUUGAGUUCUGUACACGAAACUGUAACGCGUUAAAUAGUCUAACUCGAGAAAUCAAACCUAGUCAGUAUUGCAACACUGAUGAGUUAAGACAAUAAUAGUUUUACGUAGUUACUCCAGCGUUGCCACUCUGCGAUGCAUUGAUUGGGAACGCUGCUUCACCAUGUACGCUUAAUAUGUUGCUUUUGUGUAUAUACGAACCAGAUGCAGUCUUCAUAUUUUUAGUUACAAUUGCUGCCUGCAGUGAUGAACAAAAAUUUUGCCAUUUGACACCAUAUUCAGAAGUGUAGAGCUGACAACGCUCUCUGCCUUCUAAAACAUAUGAAGGUUAAAAAACCACGCAAAGACAAAUUUGAACACACAUAACUCAUUAUGUUUCUGUUUAUUCUAUUUACAGUAAUAAACGUUUACUGAGUUUGAAUAAUAAAAAAAAUGUAUAUGACAUUAGCUCGAAGUCGUUUCGUAUUGAAGCACCUCAUUUUAUGAGGUGCUUUAGGUAAUGACUCCUGCGCCAGUAUUUUACGUGCUCGCAAGGCUACACGUCACUUUUUAUUGAAAAGCGUUCUUCCUCGCCUCCUGAACACUUACUUGCCUAGGAGUAAACAGUGCUUCGAUGUGUCUCCUGCACACAAGGGCUCUUAAAGCACACCGCCUGGGCUGCUGGUGUGUGUGAGGGAUUGAGGUCUAGGGUGACGUAAGUAAGUAAAGUUUAUUGCUGUUAGCAAAUACAUAGACGUGAGUGUGUGUGUGUGUGUGUGUGUGUGUGUGUGUGUGUGUGUGUGUGUGUGUGUGUGUGUGUGUGAACAUCUCCAAGAGAGAGAGAGAGAGAGAGAGUCCUCGUUUCAUGUUGUAACAGGUCACCAUUGUCAUGCCUCCUUACUUCCUCCCUGCCCCGCCAUUCAUUCCCGAAGCGGAGAACGAGCUGCAGUAUUAUUUUUAGCCUUCUUCUUCCUCCUCCUCCUCCUCCUCUUCCUGCAUCGUGGAGGUGUGGAGGCAUGGAGGAAAGAGUCGUUCGCAGCAAGGAGCAAGGAGUACUAGUCAGCAAGGCGUUCAAGGCCAUGACUCCCUCUAGUCGACUUUGUUUUAAUUAAACAUCCCCUCUUAAGUGGGGUUUAUCUUCUUGCGUUAGGCCUGGAUGGUGGGCGGGGAGAUGCGUGCUGGGGGUCAGACGCGGGGGGCAGCAUGAUGGUGCCCUGUGUGUGUGUGUGUGUGUGUGUGUGUGUCGGAGACGAGGUGAGGUUGACGUGUGUACGCCGGGUGGAGCGCCACCUCCGUCGUGUGUACAUAGUGACCGUGUGUCGUCGCUCAGUAGUUCUAGAUCCCCGCGCCGUAGCGAGUAGAUGGGCGAGUUGUGAUAAUACUCAUCUCUGCUAAUGAUGUGUAGUGAGGGCGGUGGUGGUGAUGAUGAUGAUAAUGAUGAUGAUGAUGAUGAUGAUUCCAUUUAUAAGAUAUUUGCUCAUGCUAGGGCAUUAGAAAGUCUGUUGUCAGGGAAGGGCACGGCUGCACUCCAGGCCGCUGAGGCAGCCAGGCGCCCCCUCCCAUGGGUUAACUACUAAGUUACCUGCGCGCGCACAUCGUCACCUUCAGAACGGCUCACCUCGGCGUCUGGCGCCGAGGCUCCUAUAGCUCCUCAGCUUUGCCGUGUUUCCGAUUUCACUCGGUUUUACCUCCGUAUUGACAGGCUCCGGUGUGUUGCACGUCGCUUCACUCAAAGGCGACCUCCCGCCGCUGCCAUGCUCGCAGUUAUUUUUUUAUUUCUCUCUCACUCCUGCACCUGGCUUCGAUGUCCCUCCCCCUCUUUAUCUUCACCACAUUGCAUCACUCCCUCAUCCUCCAGCCACGAGCGCUGCACGUGCUCCCACCGCAAGAUGAGUGUAACUCCUCGGCGCUGCGUGUCCCCCUCUGCGUUGUGCCCCUGCAAAGUAACAAUAAAGGAGCGCCACACGGUAUGAAAGAGAAGACUUCCCAGGUCAUAUGAGUGUCAGACGGUAAGUCUGCACGGAACUCUUUAGACCAGUGAAAGCCCCGAGGGUGUUGUCGCUCCGCUACACUCCUCCUAACUAACAUCAACACUUAUAAUUAAUGAAUUUGAUGUACAUAAAAUCUGUGUAUAUACGCAGCCAUCGCCACGCUUGGAGUGAGAGGGAGAAAGAGAAAGAGGGCUGCGGGACCAUCUAUCUGUGUGAGGUGCUCACUAAAAUUCCUAGCCACACUGGUUUCAACAUCAGCGGGGCGUGGCGGGAAGGGGCGCAGCGGAGGGGAUCUGAUGGUGGGAAGUGUAGAGCGCGUGGCGGGGACUCGGGUAAGGUCAGUGGUGGGGUCAGGGUGACAGUGUCUGUGCCGUAACAUUUUUUAAGCUAAAGCAACCGGACUCAAGCAUGGUAUCGAUGUACGAGUUAUGUGUACCAUAAGAGUAACACAUAAAUAUACAUAGCCUAUUUUCAUUAUCUCAGCUGUAACUGGCAUAGAUGAUUAUAAACGUUAGUCAUGUUCAGUGUUUCUGCUCUGACGUGUGUGUGUGUGUGUGUGUGUGUGUGUGUGUGUGUGUGUGUGUGUGUGUGUGUGUGCGUAUGUAUGUGUGUGUGUUGUCUCCUGGCGCUGAGGGGCCGUCCAUAAAUUCACUAACCGCAUGUCUCCUGUCUUUUCCCUCUCUCUUCUCUUGCCUCCUCACUGUCAUGGCCCUCGAUCGCCCCCAGUUGGCUCCGUUACCCAAUCCGACUAUUGACUGAAAUUAGGCGGCUUGGUUUUGAAUUAUGUAGUACACCACCAUCACCACCACCACCAUUACCAUUACAGCUAUCAUCAUUAUUAUAACUUCUGUCUGAAUCACUUCAUUUUCAUUUUCCUGGUUUGUUCCAUUCUCUCUCUCUCUCUCUCUCCCUCUCUCUCUCUCUCUCUCUCUCUCUCUCUCUCUCUCUCUCUCUCUCUCUCUCUUCCUUUCCCUCAUCUCUAUUCCUUCACCACGCCGCAGCCCUACCUUCAUCCCCUGCCGACCUUUAUUACUUUGACUUCCUGACCCCAUCUGUUCCUUCCCCUCGUUGCAAGGACGCGCCCCUCCGUCAGUCCGUCUUGGUUCGUCUGUGUUCCCCUGAAGAUGAGCGUCCGCUUCUGUUCUCCUGAUGGAGGAAUUAAUGACGGAGACGGUGCAGUAUUGACAUUCCUGAGAAGAUGGAGAGAUUGUGUGUGUGUGUGCGUGUGUGUGUGUGUGUGUGUGUGUGUGUGUGUGUGUGUGUGUAGGCAAUAUAUAUGAUAUCUUUAUAUGAAUAUAUAUAUAUAUACACGUCCAGAGAAGAUUGUGUUGCAGUACUUCGUGUAGUCACUUUGCAAAGAAAAUAAAGUAUUUUUGUACUUC